AUGGUUCAGAGAAUUGACAUCAACGAGGGCUGGGAGUUCAAGCAAUCCAGCUCUUUGAACAAUGAAACCGCUUCGUCUUAUCUACCCACUGCGCAGUUUCCCACUGUUGCCCACAUCGAUCUCAUGCACCACAAUCUCAUUCCAGACCCGUAUAUAGACAUCAAUGAGUUGAAGUGUCUAUGGGUGAACGAUGCGGAUUGGACUUACCGCACCGGAAUGGUCGGACCAGUCACUCUCAAAGAUUCCGAGCGGGCAGUUCUUGUCUUUGAAGGUCUCGACACCAUCGUUGAUGUGUAUCUCAACGACCAACACAUUCUGUUCAGCGAUAACAUGCAUGUGUCUCAUCGGGUCGAUGUGACGGAACUUCUUGGAAACAUGGCAGACUCGGCAGUCCUUGAAUUGAGGUUCAAAGCAGCUCCAGCUUAUGGUCGCUCGGAACGCGAAAGAAUCGGUUACAAGAGACUCCCAACUGGCCGUGGCGUCAAUUUCGGAGGGUCUGAGAGACUCUUUGUCAGGAAAGCUCAAUACCAUUGGGGUUGGGACUGGGGACCAGCUGUGAACACCUGUGGCCCAUGGAAACCUAUCUACAUCGAAGUAUACAAGUCGAAAGUCCAUGACCUUUGGGUCACUCAAAAUGUCACAGAAGAUCUCUCUUCAGUCGAGGUCACUGUGAAGGGCGAGGUCGAAAACGCUGAUGGUAUUGAUCACGUCACUAUACAGGUAUUUGACAACGAGAGCAGAGACACAGUUUGUGAAAAAGAAGCCGAGUUGUCGUCCGAUGGCUCCUUCAAGACUUGUUUCGCAAUGGACAGCCCAAAGUUGUGGUAUCCGUUCAUGUAUGGCAAGCAGAAUCUGUAUGUCGUCAAAGUAACCAUCCCUGGUGAUACAGCAACCAAAUGUAUCGGUUUAAGAAGACUACGCCUACUUCAGCAUCCUCUCAAGGAUCAGCAGGGAACUUCUUUUAUCUUCGAGAUCAAUAACAUCUGUCUUUUCUCGGGAGGUUCGUGCUGGAUCCCAGCUGACUUCAUGCUCCCACGAGUCACGAGACAGAGAUACGAACAGUGGAUAUGUAUGGCAAAAGAAGGAAAUCAGUCCAUGAUCCGCGUUUGGGGCGGUGGAAUUGUCGAAGAUGAUAUGUUCUACGAUAUUUGUGAUCGUGAAGGAAUUUUGGUUUGGCAAGACUUUUUGUUCGCCUGUGGAAACUACCCUGCGCCACCAGACUUUAUCGCAAACGUCAAGAACGAAGCGGAGCAACAGGUCAAGCGUGUGGGACAUCACCCAUCACUUGUCCUUUGGUGCGGAAACAAUGAGGACUAUAUGUGCGCAGAUCAAGACCGCUGCUGGGAUGUUGACUACAGCGACACAACUGGCCCGUGGGAUAAAACCACGUUUCCUGCGCGUGAGAUUUACGAACGCACUUUGCCUGCUGUCAUUGCAGCCUCAGAGACUGACGUGCCAUAUUGGAUCAGUUCACCGUAUGGGGGAAGUGUCUCAAAUGAUACGACAGUUGGCGAUACACAUUGCUGGGACGUUUGGCACGGCAAACUAUUUCCAUAUCAGGACUACAAGGCUUUUACAUCCCGUUUCAUAUCGGAAUUUGGCUUCGAGUCAGCACCCAGUCUGAACACAUUACAUCGCGCCAUCACUGACCCUAGGGAACGCCAUGCGCAGUCGCGAACAUUCGACGCUCAUGAUAAAGGCCCGGGCCAUCAAAGGCGAUACCCGAUGUACAUGGGCGAAAACUAUCGUUUCAGAAUGAAUCCACUUGAGGACUUUGUAUACUGUACUCAGUUCCUCCAAGCAGAAGCGAUGGCUUAUGCAUACAACUGCUGGCGCAGAGAGUUCAGAGGUCCUGGUCAAGAAUAUUGUGCUGGUGUUUUAGUCUGGCAGCUGAAUGAUAUCUGGCCUGGAACUAGCUGGGCGCUUGUCGAUGUGGAUUUGAACCCGAAACCAGCUUACUACAUCACUAAGCGAGCAUUGGCUAAGACGGUGGUAGGGAUGGAGCGUGUCGUUACUGCAAAGCCACCUUAUAUCACAACUGGCUUCCUCGACGAAAAGGCCAAACUGGAUGUGUGGGCAGUGAAUGGCGAGCUUCAAGAGCGAGCGGCGACACUGGAGUUAAGAGCAUUCGACAUUGAGACCGGCAAGUCAGUCCAAUUGCGUGGUGCAUAUGAAAAGAAGGAAUACAUGCUGAAGGCCAACCAGACGACAGAACUCGUGGCCAACAUGGACACUCCCAGCUUCGAUGAGACUGUUGUUGUCGCCUAUCUGAUCGAUCCAACAUCUGGAGUGAAUCUUGCAAGAUGGGUGAGCUGGCCAGAGCCUUUCAAGUUCAUGCGUAUAUCUUCAGAGCAGAAAGUCACGGUUGAAGAAGUUGAUGGUGGCACUGCAGUGGUAAUCAGUGCAAACGCACCCACGAAAGGAGUUGUACUGAGCGCCCAAGACGAGAAUGGCGAUGAAAUUAUGUUUGAUGACAAUGCUAUCGAUUUGGUACCCGAAGAAAAGAUCAAAAUUGGAGUCAAGGGACGUUUGAGUGGAGGCAGUGUCAAUACUAGGUUUUUGUAUGACUGGGAGUUGAAUCCUGAUUUCAAAUUGUAG